AUGGCCUCUGUUACCUGCCAGAUUGCCCCCGAGGUGCUUUCGGAUCUGAAGAAGCUGCGGUUCAGCAAGCCUGGCACGGAUUCGGCUGUCUAUAUUGCCAAGAUCAACCGCAAAGAGCACCUGGUUGUCCCUGACGAGUCGUUCGACAGCAUCUCGCUCGAGGAUCUCAUCGAGGAGCUGCCAGACGAUGAGCCCCGGUACGUGGUCAUUAGCUACAAAUACGAGUACUCGGACGGCCGUGUUUCGUACCCGCUCAUCUACGUGUACUACUGCCCCGAGACCACGGCACCGAUGGCUGCCAUGCUGUACGCCAGCACGCAGCAGCUGCUCGAGAAGGAGGCACAGCUUGGCAAGGUGUAUUUGCUGCGCAACAAGGAGGACCUGACUGCUAACUGGGUCAACGAGAACCUGGGCAAGUACGCUAGCUAA